CGUAAAUUUCAAUAUUGCAUCCCGGCUAGAUGUACAGUGGAGGGCGUAUAUCUACUUUUAUUAUUAAUCACCGUAUGGCUUGCUAAUUCCCAGCCGUUAGGCGGAGUUAGGCCAUUUGACUAUAGGGCGCGGGGCAUGGCGGGGACGUUAGUGGUGCACUUUGGUCAUCCCAUGUCCUCCUCUUUCCCCACCAUCCCGCGUCAUAGCAUCACCACAUCUCGUCGCUUGUUGCUGCCAUCGACUGCUGCGACUAUCACCGCGAAAGCAAAAUUAGCAAACUUAAGCGCACAAUUCUCUGCAGCCCCUAGGUUAAAAGCAUUUAAAAGCACGAGCGCAAUGGCCGAAUUGCCGAAGACGAUGAAGGCGGUGCAGAUCGAUCAGACGGGUGGAGUGGAUGUUUUGCAGUAUCGCGAUGUUCCCGUGCCUGGGGAUUUGAAGGAUGGGGAGGUGUUGAUUAAGAAUGAGUUCAUCGGGAUCAAUUACAUUGACACAUACUUUCGCUCAGGAGUCUACAACCCGCCAUCAUUCCCCUACACCCUAGGCCGCGAAGGCGCAGGCACCAUCGCCGCUCUGGGUCCAAACACCCCUUCUGAUCUCAAAAUAAACACACGCGUAGCCUACUUUUCCGGAAACUCCUACGCCGAGUACGUCCGCGCGACCUCCGACAAAGUGAUGCCUCUCCCCUCCAGCAUCGACACCAAAACUGCCGCUGCCUCCCCAAUUCAAGCCCUCACAGCCCUCACUCUCAUCCGAGAAUCCCACCCCGUGCAAGCCGGCGACUGGAUUCUAGUUACGGCGGCCGCUGGCGGCGUUGGGCUCUGGCUGUGCCAGCUUCUUAAAGCUGUGGGAGCUAAGACGAUUGCAACGGCCUCAACGGCCGAGAAGCGCGAGCUAGCUAAGCAGAAUGGCGCUGAGGUCACGCUCGGGUACUACGAGGAGGAUCGGGAGAAGUUCGUGCAGGAGGUGCUUAAGAUUACGGGGGGCGAGGGGGUUGCAGCUGUGUUUGAUAGCGUGGGGAAAGCGACGUUUGAUAGUUCGCUCAAGGUUGUCAAGAGGAUGGGAAGUAUGGUUAGUUUUGGGAAUGCCAGUGGGCCGGUUACUGGAUUUGCCUUGAGCCGUCUCACCGACAAAAACAUCAAGCUCCUCCGCCCAUCGCUAACCAGCUACAUCACCUCUCGCGAAGAGCUCCUCCCCUAUGCCAACGAACUCUGGAAGUUUAUCGAGAAGGAUGGUUUGAGCGUCAAGAUUCACGAUGUGUACCCGCUAAAAGACGUCAAGCGCGCCACUGAGGACAUUGAGUCGCGCAAGACCACUGGAAAGCUCCUGCUGGAACCUUAA